CGGCGGAGGCCGAGGAGGGGAGUGACCCGGGCAGUGGCUGGCGAGUGUGGGCUCAGUCAGUGCAGCGCCCCCGGCAGGCAGGUUCUCCGGUCCAUCGCGAGACUUGUAACGAGACUCUGAAACUUAAUGCCAUGGACGUUGAGGAGGGUCCCAUGGAGGGAAAGGCAGUCCACUCUUGGUCCAGGAUUUCUUCCACCGGAAAAAGGGCGCUCGAGGAAGCCCUUCGAGUGUUCAGUCCCAUGUCAAAGGACUUAACCAACACAGAGUCCCAGCUGGUAAGUUUUCUGCAAGGACUUCGAGAGGAAGGCUACCAGCCCACGGUACUAAGCAGCAAGGAUGUCUAUGGCUACAAUUCCACAACAGCCGAUACCCCUCCCAGCACAAAAAAGGUGCCCGCUUCAAAAGGUACGGCGUCUACGCUAUCUGCGUCAUCUAAAACACAAUCCAAAAACUCCUCGAGCAAAGUGUCAGCUACGUCGGUGGCGCUCUCUGUGAACGCUCCAAAAGUUCCAAGUAAACCUCGUGCCAAAGCUACCACAAACUUAUUGCUGAGGUCAUUAAAACAAGCCGAGUCCGAAAACUCUAAAUCCGUCGGCAUUUCAUCCAACUUGUAUCCUGCCGGCUACCCCCCCAUGAGACUGUCGGUUGUUUUGGAAGCGUUGGUACCUUUGGAAGCAAAACUCAAGCAACACAACACGAUGGUGUCAUCCGCCAAGCAGAGCUCGAAAGCAAAGUGCCCGGAUGGUGCUUCAGAACGCGUGGAUUCGAAAACAUAUCAAUUUGUCAUCAAGAAGAUGCCUACGCUGGAAAAUCACGUGAGUCCCCAAAAUGCAGCAGUGUUAAAGGGGCCGAGCGGCAGAAUAUUGAAAGAAAACAAUGCCUGCAAAGCCUCUGAUUUGUUAAAUGGGCACGUGAUACGGAACCCUUCUAAGAACUGCAAUGGCAUCAGCCAAUCGCAUAAUAACUUGAAAGUUCCAAAAGACGUUACGGGUAAAGUCCAAAACAAAGAUGGCCUACACCAAGACGCCAAUGCAGGCAGAAAACGGAAGCAUGCAGAGGGUGUUUCGGAAGCGCCGCUCGACAAGAAGAUGAGAUGUUACAUUCCAUUGGAUAAAAGAGCAGCUCUGAACAAAGACAAAUACAAUGUGCUUCAGUCUAAGGUCAUUAAGGUGGACAAAUCCUCGACCGACGACGAGGUUCGGCAAAGAGCACAAGAGAUUCUAAAGCUCAACCUCUCUCCUGUAAUCCGAAUUCAACCUUUGUCCCUUGCAGUCCCUUAAUGUCCUCUCGCUGCGUUCAUUUUUUGUUUUCUCUCCAGAAGUUUGGAGCUUUGCAGACUCCAUUUCAUUUCACGAGAGAGAAUUUGUUGAAAGACCAUGUUUGGAAUGCUGGCUUUUCUUUGGUGGCCUUUUUUUUUUGGUUUCGUGUUAUUUACAGAACAUGUUCACACAGCCAUGUCCUUACGAGAUGUAACAAAUCCCGUUGGAGGAGUUUUUAUUUCGAUGAUUUCAGUUGGGCUUUCAUACAUGGCAAUAUGUAAAUUGUGUGCAAUAGUCAGAAACCCUCCGAAGGUUUAUGCACUGUGACUCGCUUCUAACUCCUAAAUUGUAUACAAGCUUUUAAAUCUCUUUUUGGGACGGGGUGGCGUAUUCACUAUGUACUCGACCUAAGAACCGUUAUAGGCACUUUAUUAUUUGGGGUCGUUUUUACUUCUGGAAUCCAGCGGUGGAGAUAAUCAGCUUAUAGCCGUUUCUAGAAACCGUCCCGUCGACGUAUUUCGGUUUCAAAUCGCUUUCCUCGGACUAUAAAACCUUUGCUUGUUUCUAAUCGUUCUUUUAUAUAUAUUUUCUCUUGU